AUGGGAACUUGCGGUGGUAUUUGUGGAUAGAGUAAUCCUGAAAACACAAUAGUGAAAAUAUAAUAAGUUAAUAUGGGUGAUAUUGACAAUUAAAUUGAUAUGGGAUUAUAAAUGGGUGAUGAAGGUGUUCCAAUUACACAUUAAUAAAGAGUUGAAGAAACAGUGAACUAACCAAACUCAAACAAUGAAAAUUAAGUCUAUGAAACAUAAAAGAGGCUUUCUUUCAAAUUCGAUGAAAUUAAAACUUAAAUAUUAUAGGAGUCAGUACUCGAUAAAUGUGAGCCUGUAACAUUGGAAUCUGGAGCCAUUUAUACAGGGUAAUGGUAAAAAGAGUAAAGACACGGUUGGGGAAAACAGAUUUGGCCAGAUUAAUCAGUUUAUGAAGGAGAAUGGGUAAAUGAUAAGGCUUGUGGAAAAGGGAAAUUGAUACAUGCUGAUGGAGAUGUGUAUGAAGGUGAAUGGAUUAAUGAUAAAGCCAAUGGAUUUGGUAGAUAUUAUCGUAGUAAUGGAGCAACAUAUGAAGGAGAGUGGAAGGAUGACAAAUAACAUGGUUAUGGAGAGGAACAAUGGCCAGAUGGUUCAAAAUAUAAGGGAUAAUAUGAAGAUGGAAAGAAACAUGGUUAGGGUUUGUUAUAAUUUGUGGAUGGAUCAUUUUAUAAUGGAGAAUUCAAUUAGAAUGAUAUACAUCGAAAAGGUAGUCGAUAUGUUUGGGCAGACAAAAGAGAAUAUGAAGGAGAAUGGAAUAACAAUAAAAUGCAUGGCAUAGGAGUAACAAAAUGGCCUGAUGGAAAAAUAUACGAUGGAGAAUAUGUAGAUGAUAAAAAGGAUGGUUUUGGUACAUUCAUUUGGCCAGAUGGGAGAAAGUACGUUGGAUAAUGGGUGGAUGGCAAACAACAUGGGAGAGGAAUCUUUACUAAAGUAAGUGGAGAAAGUCGUCAAGGCGAAUGGGUUGAUGGAAAAAGAAUCCGAUGGAUGGAACUGGAGGAACAAUAAACAAAUUGA